AUGGAAUCACUGAAUACGGGAUCGUUAACUGUACAGCCCUUUGAUGACGAUGAUCAUUUUACAGACUUGGCUAAAUUUUCUAUGUUUCAGGUGCAUCUUUUACAAGCGAGUUAUAUAAUCACUAUUGUAAGAUAUCUUGAUGUUCAGAUGGUGGCAGUUGGAACAAUUUUGGUAAUCAUAAUAUUGGCAUGUAUCAUUGGUAACGUAUUUGUUAUAUUGGCAAUCAUUGUUGAAAGGGACUUAAGAUGCAGACCGCAGUAUUAUCUAAUUUUUUCACUUGCGGUUGCUGAUCUGCUUGUUGGGCUAAUAGUAACACCGCUAUACGCUUGGGCAACUUUGGCAAAAGCCUGGGAAUUGGGCGCUGCCUUGUGUGAUAUUUGGAUUACAACAGAUCUUCUGUUAUGCACUAGUUCGAUUUUACAUCUUGUUGCAAUUGCAUUAGAUAGAUAUUGGAGUGUUACCGAUGUAACGUAUGUACAGAACCGUACACCGAAACGAAUAUUUGCGAUGCUUGCUGUUGUAUGGGUAGUAUCAUUGCUUAUAUCUGUUGCACCAAUAUUUGGUUGGAAGGAUAGCAAUUUUCUUGACCGAGUCGAAAAACAACAUGUUUGUUUAGUCAGCCAACAAAUUAGUUUUCAGGUUUUCAGUACUGCAACAGCAUUUUACAUUCCUUUAUUUGUGAUAAUAUUUAUCUACUACAAGAUAAUGAGAGCAGCGAAGUUACGUUUCAAACGUGAAAGAGACCGGAAAACAAUAAAAAGGAUGGAUAGCGAUCAACUUAUUGUAGGCCGAGAGAAUGAGCAUAAAAAAUGCAAUGGAUAUUCGCCAGAUAAUACAACAAGCGAAGAGGAAAGAACACCGAUGGCAUUGCAAUGUGAUGAUGUUGAAAAAAGUCGGCAUAGUUCAGCUAUUCUGACACGAUUUCCAAGAAUAAAGAGAAAAUCAAAAGAAACUACAGAAAUGAAACGUCAGCGGAAAGCUUGGCGCACAUUAGCAAUCAUUACAGGAACGUUUGUAGCCUCAUGGACACCGUUUUUUUUAGUUGCGGUUUAUCGUCCAAUAUGUGGCUGUGAAGUUCCUGAAUUAAUUGAAAGGUUCACUAACUGGUUAGGUUACCUGAAUUCGGCGAUCAAUCCAGUAAUAUAUACUAUAUUUUCUCUUGAUUUUCGUAAUGCAUUCCAUAAGCUGUUAAAGCGUAUGUUCUUUAUUGAUGAUAGACGUCAGACACUACACGAUUUUACUAUUUCGAGAAGGUCCUAA